ACCCGGAGAACGGUUGAGUGUUUGGUUCUUGUUUCGGAUGAUUCCGAUUUUGUGGAGGUUUUGAAGGAGGCAAAAUUGAGGUGUUUGAAAACAGUGGUUGUGGGUGAUUGUAAUGAAGGUGCUUUAAAAAGGACAGCUGAUGCUGCAUUUUCUUGGCAGGAGAUUAUGAUGGGGAAGGCUAAAAAAGAAGCUGUAUCGGUUGUUGGGAAAUGGAAAGAUAGAAAUGUUUUGCAGAGAUUGGAGUGGAAUUAUGAUCCCGAGACGGAGAAAAAAUUGUACUGUGAUGAAAUUGAUGGUGAAAAAUCGGAUCUUGAAUUGUUUAGGUCGGAUGAAUCUGGUUCUUUGUUGGAAGAGGAGGAGAAUGAUGGUAAGUGGUGGGAAUUGGAGAAAUGAGUGGGAAAAGAUCUCGGAAUGAUUAACGAACGUACGAAUAUGCAAUGGUGUGAGGGGUGACAAAUCUUGGUCGUAUUUUAGUCUGAACAAAGGAGACAACAAAGUGUUUUAAGUCGAAAUGUGAGGAAAUUUAGGUUUUCUCGAAAGAGUUAAUCUCAGUUGCAUGUGGUUUAAUGGAAUGGGGCAGUGCUAAUUAUGUGUCGGUACAUUUUCCUGUAGCUGAAUAAGACGUUGGAUUCACAGUCUCGCAUAAUAUCGUUGGAGCUAACUCGUCGCUAUUCAAUCUGAUGUUUGUGCUGAUAGCUUUUUUCCGGUGUAAGUUCAUUU